AUGCAGUCGGCAUCCCGCUUUGGCCGAACAUGCCUGCGACAGCAACUCCCCCAAGUGCGACCGGCAAUCCGACAAUCACAUCUCCAGAGCGGUUUCCGAGGAUGGAAUUCAGCGGGAUGGAGAGGGUAUUGGAAGGUGCCUCCCAAACGGGAUGGCUUGCUUUUCGCUGCAGCUGUGGGAUUAAGUCCACUGGCUUUUGUGCAGAUCUCCGAGAAAGACAAUGGGGACACUGAGCUGACGGCUGAGGGCCGAAUGCUGCAAGCGUCCCGGGAUGAGAUAAAGAAGGAAGUCAGCAGUGAUGCCCGCGGUUGGCGACGGUUCAGAGACCACUGUACAGUCCUUGUGGAUCUGUAUAUUUGGGAGCCGAUAUGUACCGGGCUGCGAUUCCUGCAUCUGGUGGUUAUUUUUGUGCCGGUCUUGGCCUGUGUCCCGGCCAUCUGGGUUGGGAGCAGAGAUAAGACAAGAGGAGACGAGAGAACAGGGACGCUGUGGUGGUAUUCGUUUCUUGUGAGGUCGAUGGAGAGGGCUGGGCCGGCUUUUAUCAAGCUAGGACAAUGGGCAGCCUCGAGAUCCGACAUCUUCCCCACAGAAAUGUGCGAGGUCAUGUCUCAAUUACAUUCGAAUGCACCGGCACACUCUCUGCACGAAACGAAACGAAUUAUAAGAAGAGCAUUUGACGGUAGACCAUUUGAGGAGAUAUUUGUGGAGUUUGAUGAGAAGCCGCUGGGAGUGGGAGCUAUUGCACAGGUCUACAAGGCGAAGCUAAAGCAUGACCUUGCUGUGCCAGGAGAUCCAGACUUGGAAGAGCGGCCGAACCUGCGAAAAAAUGUUUGGAAGAAUGUGGAUACGUUGAUCAAGAGCACGCCUCAGCGAGUGCCAUCCUCAUACGUCGCAAUCAAGGUCCUGCAUCCGGGAGUUGAGAGGAUUGUUCGACAAGAUCUCAGAAUCAUGGGCUUCUUUGCUUCAGUCUUGAAUGCCAUUCCAACCAUCGAGUGGUUAUCUCUACCAGAUGAAGUCCAACAAUUUGGGGAGAUGAUGAGACUACAGCUGGAUCUCCGAAUAGAGGCCGCAAAUCUCACAAUCUUCCGGCGGAAAUUCAAAGAGCGAACAACAGCAUGGUUUCCCUAUCCAUACACCGAGUUCACAACCCGCCAAGUUCUCGUCGAAGAGUUCGCCCAGGGGAUCCCGCUUUCCGACUUCAUGGAGAAUGGCGGGGGCAUCUUCCAGCAAGAAAUUGCCGAUGAAGGUUUAGACGCUUUCCUCAGAAUGCUGCUUCUUGACAACUUCAUCCACGCGGAUCUCCACCCAGGCAAUAUCAUGGUCCGCUUCUACCAAUCCUCCAAACCGCAGUUACCACACCUCUCAUUCAGGCAACACGCCGACGAAGACCCAAAAGCUCAGCCCGAUGUUACAGAGCAGGUCCUUGCUCGUCUGCGUCCUUAUCGCCAUAAAACAGAUACCAAAGCCUGGGUCGCCGAGCUCGAGAAAAUCGAUAGAGAAGGCUUCAGACCACAGCUAAUCUUCAUCGAUACAGGACUCGUGACUGAACUGAAUGCCACGAACCGAAGGAAUUUCCUUGAUCUCUUCAAAGCAAUUGCCGAAUUCGACGGGUAUAAGGCCGGUCUACUGAUGUGCGAGCGCUGCAGACAGCCAGACGCUGUAAUCGAGAAGGAGAUUUUCGCCCUGAAGAUGCAACAUCUCGUCCUCGGCGUAAAAUCUCGCACCUUGGCACUGGGGAACAUGAAAAUAGGAGACAUCCUCAACGAAGUUCUCAGCAUGGUUCGCACGCAUCAUGUGAGAAUGGAAGGCGAUUUCGUGAACGUGGUUAUCAGUAUCCUGCUGCUAGAGGGAAUAGGCAGGUCCCUGAACCCGGAUAUCGACCUUCUAUCCAGCGCACUGCCAAUCCUUAGACAGCUGGGUGCGCAGAGUGGGGGCGGGAUGUUGAGACAGGGUGAUUUCUCGAUGUUGAAGGUUUGGGCGGGUCUCGAGGCGAGGAAAUUCUUGCAGGCUAGUAUUGAGGAUGUGAGUAUUUCUAAUUUCCUUUCUGGUGUGCUGGGGAGCUGUAGCUGA